AUGGGCUCUCCUAACGAAGAGCGCAAGCUCGAGGGCGGGGUGGCUCAGGUACCGCCGCCAACGCAAAACAUCCACCCGGCUUUCUACAUCGCAUUAUGGAUUGCCCUCAGUUCCAGUGUCAUUCUCUUCAACAAAUGGGUGCUUUUCACUGCCAAGUUCGCUCUAUUCCUGACAACGUGGCACAUGGCUUUCGCUACGUUGAUGACGCAGCUUAUGGCUAAGUUUACCACGACGUUGGACUCGCGCCACAAGGUGCCUAUGAACGCCAAUACCUACAUAAAAGCCAUUGUACCGAUUGGUAUCAUGUUCAGUCUGAGCUUGAUUUUCGGUAACUUCGCUUACCUUUACCUGAGUGUUUCCUUCAUUCAAAUGCUCAAGGCCACCAACGCUGUCGCUACUCUCCUCGCGACAUGGGCAUUCGGCAUGGCUGCCCCCAACUUGAACAAGCUAGUCAACGUUUCCGCCAUCGUCAUCGGUGUGGCUAUCGCCUCAUUCGGCGAGCUCAAGUUCGAUGGUCUAGGAUUCAUCAUCCAAGUUACUGGCAUUGUCUGUGAAGCGCUGCGACUGGUCAUGGUCCAGCGCUUGUUGAGCUCUGAUGAGUUUAAGAUGGACCCUCUGGUCUCUGUGUACUAUUACGCCCCUGCAUGCGCUGUCAUUAACGGUUUCUUUACAAUUCUGAUUGAACUCCCCCGUAUGACUACGGGCGACAUUCUCAAUGUUGGCCUGAUUACACUCAUUGCCAACGCUUUCGUUGCCUUCCUCCUCAACGUAUCCGUCGUGUUACUGAUUGGCAAAACCAAUGCUGUCGUGCUUACCAUGUCUGGUGUACUCAAGGAUAUCCUGCUAGUCGUUGCCUCCAUGGUCAUUUUUGGUGACCCGGUGACUCUGCAGCAAUACUUCGGCUACUCAAUUGCUCUCGCUGGUCUGGUUUACUACAAGCUCGGUGCCGAGAAACUGCAACAGAUGACUACUGAUGCCAAACUCACCAUUAACGAGGUGCGCCGCAGCAAUCCCGCUGGCUUUAAGCUGGGUCUUAUUUGCAGUGGUCUUUUCUUUGUGGCCUUCAUUUUCAUGAGCUGGUCCAAAGGUCUACCAGGUUCAUCUCUCCCUACGCCUGCCGCCUAA